AAACGCGUUGCUUUCGCGAGCCGCUUCGUCAGACAGCCGCGAGCCUCUCUCGAGUUCACUUAUCCGCUCUCUCGAAUGAUGCGCAAGCUCACCUUCGCGUUCAAGGUGCUGUCUAUGUGCGGUGUCUGGCUGCCGGUCGACUGGACCUCGCCGAGGCGCAUCUUUUACUACAAGAUCUUCUCGUGCGUCGUUCUCAUCGCCUGCUACACGAUCGUGACGCUGCAGUGCCUCUUACUAAGCGUAACGGAGUUUGACUUUAGCUUCAUAGCGGACAUCCUCUUCACCUUUCUCACCUCGAUAACCGUUUGCACGAAGACCAUGAAUUUCAUAGCGAAAAGACCGGAUGUCAUACGGCUGGCGGACAUGCUGCUGCUGGGCUGCUGCCUGCCGAGGGACAAGGAGGAGGCUGCGAUACAGAAACAGUGUGACGAGUUUAUCAGAGUCUUCACGAUAGCGCUAAAUAUAAUGGCGCAGUCGACGCUGGCCUGCUGGCUGCUGAUCCCGCUCUUCCAGAGUCCGGAGCUGCGCAGCCUGCCAUUCCAGAUCUGGCUGCCGUACGACACGCGCGGCUCCCGCAACUUCUGGAUCACUUACGCCUACGAGAUCUGGCCCAUGAUAAUGGGCGUCCUGGUCAACGCGACCGUCGACGUCGUCGUCAGCGGGUUCAUCCUGCAGGCUUGUGCGCAGCUGGACAUACUGAAGUACAGGCUGACGAGGCUGCCGGAACUCGUGAAGCAGGCCGAGGAGAGCAACGCCUCGCUGGUCAGUAUCAGGAAGUUCGAGAGAACGACGCUGGAGAUGGCCUCGAGGCAUCACGCUCACAUUAUCGAGUACGUCAGAAACGUGAACGAGACCUUCAACAUGAUAAUAGUGGAGCAGUUUUUCGCCAGUUCCCUCAUACUCUCCGUCAUCAUCUACGCUCUGACCAAGAGCAACGUGAACACGCUUCAGUACGUCAUGGACGUCGGCUACUUGCUCUGCAUGCUGGCCGAGUUUUUCAGUUACUGCUGGUUCGGAAACGAAAUCACACUCAAGAGCACGGAGCUCGGCCUCGACAUUUAUAGAAUAGACUGGACACUACUGAGCGCCGAAGCCAGCAGAAACUUGCUCUUCAUAAUGCUGCGCACCUCCAAGCCGAUCGUAAUGAGCUGCGGCCACUUCGUCGUCCUCAACGUGGAGUCCUUCAAAAGCAUCCUCAAAGUGUCCUAUUCUGCUUUCAAUUUUCUCAAAGAAUCAGCGGAUUGACUCCUGCGAGGAAGCGCGCAUGCAGGUCGCGAGCGAUGAGACACGUACCAUCGACUUUGUUGCAUUAUUCAUGGCAAAUAAGUACCAUUAGGCCUUGAUAUUUCGUAAUUUUAAGGAAGUAAUAAAUUAUACUGAUCAAUGA